AUGAAAACUGCUGGCCUCUUGUCUAUCUUGGCUGUGGCCGCGGCCAACCAACAUAAAAUAUCGCCCAGCGUGUUUGAAUUGCUACAACAAUCGUCCACCGUUACUGUGUUUGUGGCCAUUGAACGCGCCUUCGACCUUCACAAGCGCUCUAGCUUGCACGACAAUACCAAAUGCUCCUCCGCGAUAGGGACUAUAUUUCUCUGCAAAGAAUUGACUGAGGACGACAUCUUCACCGCCGCAGCCUUGCCCGAGGUCGAAGAGAUCUUUCCUGUCCCAGACAGCUCCGCUCCUGACCCUCCCAACAUCUCCCCCAAGCCUACCACCACCCCCAAGCCUGCUGUCACCACCCCGAAGCCUGUCGUCUCGGAUGACGUGGCCGCGGCCGACCGAGAUAAAAUAGUGGCCUCCUCAGUGCUCGAAUCGCUCCAACAAUCGUCCACCGUUAAUGUGCUUGUGGAGCAUGACUACUUGGGCACGUUGGAAAUGCCCGAGAGUAGUAGCCUGUUCACCCAUCCCAAAUGCAAGGGUGGUUUGCUUUCGGGUCAGGUUGACUGCAAAGACUUGACCAAGGAAGAAAUCUACAGCAUCGCGGCCUUGCCCGAGGUCUACCAUAUCCUUCCAGCCCGAGACAACUCCGUUUCUGACACUCCCAACAUCACCCCCAAGCCUACCACCACCCCCAAGCCUGCUGUCACCACCCCGAAGCCUGUCGUCUCGGAUGACGUGGCCGCGGCCGACCGAGAUAAAAUAGUGGCCUCCUCAGUGCUCGAAUCGCUCCAACAAUCGUCCACCGUUAAUGUGCUUGUGGAGCAUGACUACUUGGGCACGUUGGAAAUGCCCGAGAGUAGUAGCCUGUUCACCCAUCCCAAAUGCAAGGGUGGUUUGCUUUCGGGUCAGGUUGACUGCAAAGACUUGACCAAGGAAGAAAUCUACAGCAUCGCGGCCUUGCCCGAGGUCUACCAUAUCCUUCCAGCCCGAGACAACUCCGUUUCUGACACUCCCAACAUCACCCCCAAGCCUACCACCACCCCCAAGCCUGCUGUCACCACCCCGAAGCCUGUCGUCUCGGAUGACGAUGCCGUGGACUACCAACAUAAAAUAGGGCCCGGCGUGCUUCAAUCGCUGCAACAAUCGACCACCGUCACUGUGUCUGUGGCCGUUCACGACAAUUCGCCGGACUCUGUGGUGUACACAUUUCACAAAUGCCUCAAGCACCCCCCGCUUCCGGGUCUGCUUCUUUGCAAUGACUUGACCCUGGAUGAAGUCAACCGCUUCGCAGCCUUGCCCGAGGUCAAAGAGAUCCUUGCUACCAGAGACAACUCCGUUUCUGACAUUCCCAACAUCACCCCCAAGCCUACCACCACCGCGGCUACUCCUACGCAUAGCGAGCAACGCGACUCUUCGGAUGACCGCGACUAA